AUGGAUGAGUUACAGGACGUGCAGUUAACUGAGAUCAAGCCCCUGCUGACCAACAAGCAGAAUUCUCGCAACUUCCAGGAUUUCGACUGUCAUGAACAUGAUAUUGAGACCCCUCAUGGCGUUCUGCAUGUGACUAUGAGGGGAGUUCCCAAAGGCAACAGGCCAGUCAUCCUGACCUACCAUGACAUUGGCCUUAACCACAAGUCCUGCUUCAACACGCUCUUUAACUAUGAGGACAUGCAGGAGAUUACACAGCACUUUGCCGUGGUGCACGUGGACGCUCCUGGCCAGCAGGAGGCAGCACCUCCGUUCCCCACAGGGUACCAAUAUCCUACCAUGGACGAGUUGGCAGAGAUGCUGCCCUCAGUGCUGACUCAGCUGAAAGUGAACAGCGUAAUUGCGAUCGGCGUGGGAGCAGGAGCGUACAUCUUGACACGAUUUGCCCUGAACAAUCCAUCUCUAGUGGAGGGGCUGGUCCUAAUCAAUAUAGAUCCCUGUGCUGAAGGCUGGAUAGACUGGGCUGCCUCUAAGCUGUCUGGGUGGACUAGUAAUCUGGUGGACAUUGUGAUGGCUCACCAUUUUAGCACAGAGGAACUGACUGAGAAUCAGGAGCUGAUCCAGACAUACAGGCUGCAUAUUGCCCAAGACAUCAACCAGGACAAUCUAGCCCUCUUCUGUGCCUCCUACAGCGCGCGCCGUGACCUGGGAAUCGAGAGGCCGGUCGUCGGCCUUAAUGAAGACACCGUGAAUACACUAGUAUGCCCGGCUCUACUGGUGGUGGGAGACACGUCACCUGCUGUGGAGGCUGUGGUUGAAUGCAACUCUAGGUUAAAUCCAACAAAAACCACUCUACUUAAGAUGGCUGACUGUGGUGGUUUGCCUCAAGUUGUCCAGCCCGGAAAACUUGCUGAAGCCUUCAAGUACUUUGUUCAAGGCAUGGGAUACAUACCAUCAGCUGGGAUGACCCGUCUUGUCCGUUCCCGCACCACCUCUUCCUCGAGCAUCACCUCCAUGGACAGCAAUCGCACCCGCAACCUCAACAGCCCUCUGGAGGAUCCCAGUUCUGGUCCCCUGGACAACCAGGCCAGGCCACAAACCAUGGAAGUUUCCUGUUAA